GGCUAGUGCUUUUCCCAUCACCAAAGCAAAACUCUUUCAUUUGCUCUCUUUAAUUUGCCCCCAUCUGUUUUGUGUUCAUUGUUACUCUUUUACUUUUUCUGCUCAUUUCUUUCUUUCUUGAGUUCUUGUUUUCCUGCAUUGGCUCUCUUCUUCUCUGAGUUUUGAUCGUUUGCUGCUAAUCUGCCAUGGCUGAUCGUGUUCUGACCCGUGUUCACAGCCUCCGUGAGCGCCUUGACGCCACCCUGGCCGCCCACCGCAAUGAGAUUCUGUUGUUUAUGUCGAGGAUUGAAAGCCAUGGGAAAGGAAUCUUGAAGCAUCAUGAACUGCUGGCUGAGUUUGAAGCUAUCUGCAAAACUGACCAGGAUAAACUCAACGAUCAUGCCUUUCAGGAAGUUCUCAAAUGCACACAGGAAGCGAUAGUUUUGUCGCCGUGGGUUGCUCUUGCUAUCCGUUUAAGGCCGGGUGUCUGGGAAUAUGUCCGAGUUAAUGUGAAUGCUUUAGCUGUUGAGGAAUUGACUGUUCCUCAGUAUCUGCAGUUCAAAGAAGAGCUUGUGAAUGGAAAUGGCAAUGGCAACUUUGUUCUGGAACUGGAUUUUGAGCCAUUUACUGCAUCCUUUCCCAAGCCAACUCUCACCAAGUCUAUUGGGAAUGGAGUUGAGUUCCUUAACAGACAUCUCUCUGCUAAAAUGUUCCAUGACAAGGAGAGCAUGGCUCCUCUCCUAGACUUCCUCCGGGUUCACCAGUACAAGGGGAAGACGAUGAUGUUGAAUGACAGGAUUCAGAACCUAAACACUCUGCAAAAUGUGCUGAGGAAGGCCGAGGAGUACCUAACAACACUCCCUGCAGACACACCGUACUCCGAAUUCGAACAUAGGUUCCAGGAAAUCGGGUUGGAGAGGGGGUGGGGAGACACCGCGGAGCGUGUUCUGGAGAUGAUCUGUAUGCUUCUUGACCUCCUUGAAGCCCCCGAUUCGUGCACUCUCGAGAAGUUCUUGGGCAGGAUUCCUAUGGUGUUCAAUGUUGUCAUUCUUUCCCCCCACGGCUAUUUCGCCCAGGAGAAUGUGUUGGGAUACCCCGACACCGGUGGCCAGGUUGUUUACAUCUUGGAUCAAGUUCCUGCCUUGGAGCGCGAGAUGAUUAAGCGCAUUAAGGAGCAAGGGCUUGACAUCAAACCCCGAAUCCUCAUUAUAACUAGGUUGCUGCCGGAUGCUGUUGGAACCACCUGCGGGCAGCGUCUUGAGAAAGUAUACGGGGCAGAGUACUCGCACAUUCUGAGAGUUCCUUUCAGGACUGAGAAGGGAAUGGUUCGCCCAUGGAUCUCUAGGUUCGAAGUCUGGCCAUACAUGGAGACUUUCACCGAGGAUGUUGCAAAGGAGAUCACUGCAGAGCUGCAGGCUAAGCCCGAUCUGAUUAUCGGAAACUACAGUGAGGGAAAUCUUGUUGCCUCAUUGCUGGCUCACAAGUUGGGUGUUACACAGUGCACCAUUGCCCACGCAUUGGAGAAGACGAAGUAUCCAGAUUCAGACAUUUACUUGAAGAAGUUUGAUGAGAAAUAUCACUUCUCAUGCCAAUUCACUGCUGAUCUGAUUGCUAUGAACCACACUGAUUUUAUCAUCACCAGCACCUUCCAGGAGAUAGCUGGCAGCAAGGACACUGUUGGGCAGUAUGAGAGCCAUCAGGCAUUCACAAUGCCUGGACUGUACAGAGUUGUCCAUGGAAUCGAUGUUUUCGACCCGAAAUUCAACAUUGUUUCCCCAGGAGCUGAUAUGAAUCUCUACUUCCCUUACUCCGAGAAGGAGAAGAGGCUGACAGCCCUUCACCCCGAAAUCGAGGACUUGCUAUAUAGUGAUGUCGAGAAUGAGGAGCAUCUGUGUGUGCUAAAGGAUAGGAGCAAGCCCAUCUUGUUCACGAUGGCGAGGUUGGACCGUGUGAAGAACUUAACCGGGCUUGUAGAGUGGUACGCCAAGAACCCGAAGCUGAGGGAGCUGGUGAAUUUGGUGGUGGUCGGGGGCGACAGGAGGAAGGAGUCGAAGGACCUGGAGGAGCAGGCGGAGAUGAAGAAGAUGCACGAGCUGAUCGAGACGCACAACCUGAACGGGCAGUUCAGGUGGAUCUCUUCCCAGAUGAACCGUGUGAGGAACGGGGAGCUGUACAGAUACAUCUGUGACACCCGGGGAGCCUUCGUUCAACCCGCCUUCUAUGAGGCCUUCGGGUUGACUGUGGUGGAGGCCAUGACCUGUGGUUUGCCCACCUUCGCUACUAACCAAGGAGGCCCAGCCGAGAUCAUCGUCCAUGGCAAGUCUGGCUUCCACAUUGAUCCAUACCACGGUGAACAGGCCGCCGAGCUCCUCGUUGAUUUCUUCGAGAAGUCCAAGAAGGAUCCUUCCCACUGGGAAACCAUCUCAGCGGGCGGGUUGAAACGUAUCCAGGAGAAGUAUACAUGGCAGAUAUAUUCAGACCGGCUGUUGACACUGGCGGCUGUUUAUGGGUUCUGGAAGCAUGUUUCGAAGCUGGAUCGCCUGGAGAUCCGUCGCUAUCUGGAAAUGUUUUAUGCUCUCAAAUACCGCAAAUUGGCCGAGGCUGUGCCAUUGGCAGAGGAGUAAAGAAGAUGAAGAAGAAGGCAAUGCCCGGAGGGAGAGAGGCUGAAUUUGAAUGAAUAAAUAAGAAAAACCAAUCUGAGAUUUUCAUCAUUUCAAGAGGCUGCUUCUGUUUAACGAAUGAUUCUCGUUUGUUUUGUAUUUUUUUUGCUUUUCAAUUUCUGUGUAUUUAGGGAAGAAGAUUGGAAAUUUGAAAAUUCAAAA